CUUCUUUACCUGUCCAAGUAGCCUCUGUUUUCAUUUCAGUCUUAAUGAAAACCUUUUUACUUACGUCUCAAGUUUCUUUUCAGAGCAGUCGAGAAGUGAACACGGAUGGGGAUUGAACGGCUUUGCCUGUUCUUUCUAUUUCUAGGAAGGAAUGCUCACGUUCAAGGGGGCUGUGCCCUGGGAGGUGCAGAGACCUGUGAAGACUGCUUGCUCACUGGACCUCAGUGUGCCUGGUGCUCUCAGGAGAAUUUUACGCAUGCAUCUGGAGCAGGUGACAGGUGUGACACCCCAGCCAAUCUUUUUGCUAAAGGCUGUCAAUUAACCUUCAUCGAAAAUCCCAGUUCCCAAGUACAAAUACUGAAAGAUAAGCCUCUCAGUGUUGGAAGGCAGAAAAACAGCUCCGACAUUGUUCAGAUUACACCUCAGAGCUUGGUUCUUAAAUUAAGACCAGGUGGUGAGCAGACCCUGCAGGUGCACGUCCGCCAGACCGAGGACUACCCAGUGGACUUGUAUUACCUCAUGGACCUCUCCGCCUCCAUGGAUGACGACCUGCACACAAUUAAAGAGCUCGGCUCCCUGCUCUCUAAAGAGAUGUCUAAAUUAACUAGCAACUUUAGACUUGGCUUUGGCUCCUUUGUGGAAAAACCCGUCUCCCCUUUUAUGAAAACAACACCAGAAGAAAUCGCCAACCCUUGCAGUAGUAUUCCAUACUUCUGUUUACCCACAUUUGGAUUCAAGCAUAUUUUACCAUUGACGAAUGAUGCUGAAAGAUUCAAUGAAAUUGUGAGGAAUCAGAAAAUUUCUGCUAAUAUUGACACACCUGAAGGUGGAUUUGAUGCAAUUAUGCAAGCUGCCGUGUGCCAGGAAAAAAUCGGCUGGCGGAACGACUCUCUCCACCUCCUGGUCUUUGUGAGCGAUGCAGACUCUCAUUUUGGGAUGGACAGCAAACUGGCAGGCAUUGUCAUCCCUCAUGAUGGGCUCUGUCACUUGGACAGCAAAAAUGAGUACUCCAUGUCAACCGUCCUGGAAUAUCCAACGAUCGGACAACUCAUCGAUAAGCUAGUGCAACACAACAUGUUAUUGAUCUUUGCCGUGACCCAAGAACAAGUUCAUUUAUAUGAGAACUACGCAAAACUCAUUCCUGGAGCUACGGUGGGGCUGCUCCAGAAGGACUCGGGAAACAUUCUCCAGCUGAUCAUCUCGGCCUAUGAGGAGCUGCGGUCCGAGGUAGAACUGGAAGUUUUGGGAGAUACGGAGGGCCUCAACCUGUCAUUCACCGCGAUCUGCAACAAUCGCACCCUCUUCCCACACCAGAAGAAAUGCUCUCACAUGAAGGUGGGAGACAUAGCUUUCUUCAAUGUGACAGUGAGCAUACCGAACUGCGAGAAGAAAAGCAGGCACCUCACCAUAAAGCCCGUGGGCCUGGGCGACACCCUGGAGAUCCUUGUCUAUCCAGAAUGCAGCUGUGACUGUCAGAAAGAAGUAGAAGUGAACAGCUCCAAAUGUCACCACGGGAAUGGCUCCUUCCAGUGUGGGGUGUGUGCCUGCCACCAGGGCCACAUGGGUCCUCACUGCGAGUGUGGUGAGGACAUGUUGAGCACAGAGUCCUGCCAGGAAGCCCCAGACAAACCCUCGUGCAGCGGAAGGGGCGACUGCUACUGUGGGCAGUGUAUCUGCCACCUGUCUCCCUACGGAAACAUCUACGGGCCUUACUGCCAAUGUGACAACUUCUCCUGCGUGAGGCACAAAGGGCUGCUCUGCGGAGGUCACGGCGAGUGUGAGUGUGGCGAGUGCGCGUGCAAAGGCGGCUGGACGGGCGAGUACUGUAACUGUACCACGGGCACCGACUCCUGCCUCUCCGAAGACGGGGUGCUCUGCAGUGCGCGAGGGGACUGCGUUUGCGGCAAGUGUGUGUGCACGAACCCCGGAGCCUCAGGGCCAGCCUGUGAGCGCUGCCCUACCUGUGGGGACCCCUGUAACUCUAAAAGGAGCUGCGUUGAAUGCCACUUGUCUGCGGAUGGCCAGUCCCAAGAAGAAUGUGUUGACAAAUGCAAGCUAGCUGGUGUGACCAUCGGUGAAGAAGAAGAUUUCUCAAAGGAUAGUUCUGUGUUCUGCUCUCUGCAAGGAGAAAAUGAAUGCCUCAUUACAUUCCUAAUAACUACAGAUAACGAGGGGAAAGCCGUCGUGCACAGCAUCAACGAGAAAGAUUGUCCAGAACCUCCCAACAUCCCCAUGAUCAUGCUGGGGGUUUCCCUGGCUAUUCUUCUCAUUGGGAUUGUCCUACUGUGCAUUUGGAAGCUGCUGGUGUCACUUCAUGAUCGGAAAGAAGUAGCCAAAUUUGAGGCAGAACGAUCAAAGGCCAAGUGGCAGACGGGAACCAAUCCACUGUACAGAGGCUCCACCAGUACCUUUAAAAAUGUGACCUAUAAACACAGAGAAAGGCAAAAGGUGGACCUUUUCACAGAUGGGUAGGCCUAUUUCAUGCACAUGAAACGUCUGUCUCACUGAUAGGAAAUAUU